GACAGGAGACAAUUUUGUGAAAUUUUAGUUUCAUCAACUGAAAAUUGAACACUUACAACUUUGCUGGAAAGGUGAAAUAAAGCUGUGGCUGUCCCUAGGGCUGGGGCUGUCCAGGCCGCUGUUCAGACUGGUUCCCGCACCCUCCCUGCACCGUAACCCAGUCCCUGCACGCCCUAGGGACGGCCCUCUGCGGGGCUGCUUCUGAUCCCCAACAUCAGCUUGGACUCUCCAAGUCCCUCUGUCUUUACUUUCAGGGCCAGGUCACCAGGGGGCAGGAGAAGUCAGAAACAGGCUGGGGCCAGGGUCUGCCAUGGGGGCAGCAGGGGUGAGGUGAGAGGGGCAGUGGGGAGGCUGCUCCCUGUAAGGUCCCUGUGGUGAUCCUGCAGGACUCCACAGUUAAAGCUGCGGGGGCUACUUGAAUGUAUGGAGAGAUGGGUACAUAUAGGAGCUGGUUAAACGUAUGAGAGAUGGUUAAACAGUCACAGGCUUGGCCAGGACUCGCUGCCACAAGUGCCCCAAAGGCUUCGUUCAGGAACACUGGCCAACAGGCAUAUGUGCAGAGCCCGAGGGAGGAAGCACUGUCCAGUGCACACUCGUGGACAGGUGCCUGCUGCAGGCCAGGACCUUGACUCAGUGCUGGGUCAGAAGACAUGUGUGCUGUGGCCCCACCUGGAGGAGGUCUGGCUGGAGACCUUUCUCUAUACCAGGCACCAGCAGCACCCCAAGCACUCCACAAUGCUGACAGGGAGAAUCUGCUGAUGCCCACCGGAAGUCAGGCCCAGCCUUGAGGGGUUGCUGCAGGGAAACAGGGAAGGUCCCACCUAGGGGGAGUCACUUCAGCCACGUGCAGAGGGAUGGAGGAUUGAAGAUGGUGGGAGAGCCUUCCUGCAAGGGGGGAAUAGCUGGACAGGUCAGUGGGUCCUAAUCACAAAGAGCCUGGACAGUCAUUUGGCUGCACCUGAGAGAAACUCAAACAGACUCAUGUAAUGAAGCAGUCCACAGAGCAGCUUCGGGCACAGCAGGAUCCAGGGCCUCACCCACUGAACUCAGGAAUGUGCUCACUUUCCUGGCUCCUUGAGGGACAGGAUGGUCCCAACCGUGCCAUUCCACUGCUCAGGGACCCAGGGGAAAGAGCUUUCAAGUGCCACAGAAGUUCUAGGAUUGCAUCUGAGCCCUCUAGUUUGGAUCAGGUCCACCCCUGACUCAUUCUUGUGGCCAGCAGCAGGGCAAAUACGUUGAUUGUCUAAGCCUGGUCAAAAACAACCUUCACUGCGAGUAGGAGUGGAUACUGGAAACAGUCAGUCCCUAAAUGUCUAGGAAUGAUAAUGGAAAAGAGAUGAUUCCUGGGGAUGCAGUGGCUAUGGGGUGGGAGGAUCCCUCCCUGGCAGCCCUCCCAGGAGGUGAUCACUGGGCUCAGGUGGGCACAGAAGAGCCUAUGGGAGGCAGGGCCUGCCCAGCCAGGAUCCUGGGGGACCAGCAGGUCCAAAUGCCCCUUGCUAUUGCAGGUAGGCAUGCCCCGGACACUGAGCACCUCCGACAUGGUCACUCCAGGCAGCCUCGGCCUACCCCACCCUGAGCCCACGGAUGGUGAGCAGGCCGGGCAGCCCCUCCUGGAUGGAGCUCCAUCCUCAGCCUCCCUGGACACCCUGAUCGAGCAGCUGGUGCCCAAAGCUGACUACUACCCUGAGAAAGCCUACAUCUUUACCUUCCUGCUGAGCUCCCGCCUCUUCAUCGAGCCCCAGGAGCUCCUGGCCCGGGUCUGCCACUUGUGCAUCGAGCAGCAGCAGCUGGACAAGCCAGUGCUGGACAAGGCCCAGGUCCGGAAGUUUGGCCCCAAACUGCUCCAGUUGUUGGCCGAGUGGACAGAGACGUUCCCUCGGGACUUCCAGGAGGAGUCGACCAUCAGUCACCUGAAGGAUGUGGUGGGCCGCAUCGCCCCCUGUGACGAGGCAUACCGAAAGAGGAUGCAUCAGCUCUUGCAGGCUCUGCACCAGAAGCUGGCAGCUCUGGGCCAGGGGCCGGAAAGCCUGCUGGGCGCUGACAAGCCCAUCUCCUACAGGAACAAGCCUCCAGCCUCUAUCCACAGGGAGCUCCUCAGCAUCUGCAGUGACCCCUACACACUGGCUCAGCAGCUGACCCACAUAGAGCUGGAACGGCUACAACACAUUGGACCUGAGGAAUUUGUCCAGGCUUUUGUGAACAAGGACCCUCUGGCCAGCACAAAGCCUUGUUUCAGUGACAAGACUAACAACCUGGAAGCUUACGUGAAAUGGUUCAACAGAUUGUGCUACCUCGUGGCUACUGAGAUCUGCAUGCCGUCCAAGAAGAAACAGAGGGCCCAGGUGAUUGAGUUCUUCAUCGACGUAGCCCGUGAGUGCUUCAACAUCGGCAACUUCAACUCCCUAAUGGCCAUCAUCUCUGGCAUGAACAUGAGCCCUGUCUCAAGACUGAAGAAGACCUGGGCCAAAGUGAAGACAGCCAAGUUUUUCAUCCUCGAGCACCAGAUGGACCCAACAGGGAAUUUCUGCAACUAUAGAACAGCCCUGCGUGGGGCAGCCCACCGCUCCCUGACCGCCCACAGCAGCCGAGAGAAGAUUGUCAUCCCCUUCUUCAGCCUGCUCAUCAAAGACAUCUACUUCCUAAACGAAGGCUGUGCCAACCGCCUCCCCAAUGGACACGUCAACUUUGAGAAAUUUCUGGAGCUGGCCAAGCAAGUAGGAGAGUUCAUCACAUGGAAACAAGUGGAGUGUCCCUUCGAGCAAGACCCCAGCAUCACCCACUACCUGCACACUGCUCCCAUCUUCAGCGAGGAUGGUCUUUAUUUGGCUUCUUAUGAAAGUGAGAGUCCAGAGAACCAAACAGAAAAAGAGAGGUGGAAAUCUCUAAGGUCUUCUAUUCUGGGGAAGACGUGAAAAGCACUGAGCUGGAGGAGGAGGAGAGGGGGGAGGAGGAGAGGAAGCCAGCAGAAGCCUUCUGCCGCCCUGCCCCAGCCAGCCCAGUGGGAGGAGGAGGCAUUGGUGCCUCGCUGCUUUGCAAACCGUGACCCUGUGGCCUGGUGCCCAUCACAGUGACCACACAGCACAGGAGACCUUUCUCCACCUUUUGUGGAACCUCAGCCCUGGAAGGGCCCAGAGCCUCCAAACACAGGGGUGGCACGUGCCUCAGGGGCCCUACCUUCAGGACAGUGAUGUUCACAUUGUUGGUCAGUCUGUCUGUCCUCAGCGAUGACCCAAGGGGUUGGGUGACUGCAGUGUUGCUCUCAGUGGGUGACUCGUGCCAUGGAGACAGACACCCGGUCCAUCUCCAGAUGGCCUGGGAGCCUCUGUAUCUCCAGCAAACAUCACCAUGACGUGAGAAGGGCCAGAGUCCACCAGUGGCCUCUGCCAUUCUACUGAUGGACCUGACCCUGCCCCUUGAGAUGGGCUGGUUUCUGCAGCCCCGUGCACCCCCUUUCUGCAUCCUGCUGGUAUCGGGAUAGCUUUCUGGUGACCACUAUAAUGCUGGUCAGCAGGACAAAUUUGAGUCACAGACUUGACAGUGUGUACAGUACAUUGUAAAUUUUAGAGUUGGUAUAAACACAUUGGUAUACCCUGCGUAUCCACAUCCACUUCAUGUCUCUCACCCGUGGGCUUCUGCCAGGAUGCAGGGCAGUUUCCCAGCUCAGGCCCAGGAAUGCUGUGACCACAGCUCAGGAGGGGGACUUGGUGGCUAUUUCCACUCCAUAAACCCCAUGUCCUGCUAAAAGGAGCUGGUGUGCAGUAGAUGCUAGGUAAGCUCCGGUGAAUGGAUACUGACAGCCUUGUGUGAGGCCAGACACAUCUCUUGUUUGGGCAAGGAGUGAUGAACCCAGGGAGGACCCUCAGCCCACCAUGAAGCUCCUCCCCUGGGGCUCUCACCCAGCCCUUCACACGCUGAGCCAAGUUUCUGGGCCAGGAAGUGGAGGGGCUGUGGAGCUGCUGAGCCCCCACUUGGCAAGUGACCACGUCACCCAGCCAAGAAGUCAGGGAGCGUGAUGUACACCCCCAUUCCUGGUCAGGGCCUGAGGGCAGAGUGAUGUGUUGAAGGUGCACUGAUGCAUCCUGGCCAGCUCCUGACCAUGUCAGGACUCUCAGAGUCUAGGCCCCCUUCAGCUAGGACCUGACACCUCUGUCCUGGCAGUGUGGCCUUGGGUCCCACCUGAGGGACAGGCAAAGCCAGAGCAACCAGCACCCCAGGUGCCUCCCCCAACUCGAGGCAUUCUGCCUGAUGAACCCAGGACCUCAGCAAGGCCCCAGAAGGGCCCUGCAGCCUGACAGAGGCAUGGGAAUGCUGCACGUUAGGGUUGAAUGGGAUCUGAUCUGCACCAUACCAGCCCACCCCUUUCCAUCUGAGACCCUAGAGAGGGUGAGUAGUGGAGUGGGUAGCAGAGCAGGAACUGGGCUUCAGCCAAACCCAGGCUCCCACCCUGCCUCACACCAUAUCUAGCUCCCACAGGGGUGUGGGUGGGGCCCUGGUGCCAAACCCAAGGAGUCCUGGGGGGUUCCAGGAGCUGACUAGAAGCACCUCCUGAUCCCCUCGUCCCUACCCAACACACUCCCUUGGUGUCUGGGGCAACAUUAGACAAAACCCCUACAAACAUCAGCAGGGACUGUCCCUGCAUCCUGGUCACACUGAGCGCUGCCUGUCAGGAGCAGGGGCAAGUGGCACAGAAGGGGUUAGUGGCCUUGGAGACAUGUGAUGGCCGGUCCAGGGCUGAUGCCCAUGGAGCUCUGGGAGGCCUGCCCGGGAAAGAGGAGGUUAUAUCCUUCCCCAGCCACAGGGAGACAGGACACUCUGGAGGGGGCUCCCAGUCUACCCAUGGGCCCCGACCUUGCUGGUCACCUGGCUCCAGCUCCCUGCUCCUGAGCAACUCAGUUCAGGGACCUAUGAGGAAACCCCAGAAUGCUGAGCUUCAGGAAGCAGCAGGUGAGGUCAAGGGGCUGGGGGCAGCUGGCCACUGUCCCCCCUGCCUCAUGCAAUCCCUCACCCAGGCCCAGGAUCCCAGCUCUCUCUCCAAGGCCAGAUUCCAAAUUCCUCAGCUCAGCCAUACCCCUCGCAGUCCUCUCCAUCUCAUACUAGGAGAUUGCGGCAGCCUCCUCCAGGCUGUGGGGAGCAUGAAGAAAGGAUGUUGGAGAAGCAGUACAGGGCCCGCAGCUGAAACUCUGGAGGUUAGGUGGGAGGCAAGUCAAGCAUGUCACUGCUGAUAGAGGCCCACCCCCAGGCUUGAGGCUAUUUCCUAUUUCCUAGUUCUGUGGCCUUGCAAUUGCUCUUCCCGCUGCCUGGCAUGCUGUUCCUGAGCUUGUUGAUCUAGUCGGAGCUGCAAACUCAGCUGUAAGUUCCCCCUUCUGGGCAGAGGUUCCUGACAUGCAGCCCCCUCACCCACAUCUGCUCCCUCUAGUCUGCAAGCCCCUCAGAGGCCCAGUGCAGAAUAGGUGUCAGGUGAGGAUAGUGGUGUGAGGCCUGGGCUCAUCCCCAGCUGGGAGAGAGUCCAGGGAAGGAGGGAAGGAGGCAGCCCAUGGCCAGCCCCACAGAGAUCACAGGGCCAAGGGGACUCAAGCUGAGUGUGUUUGUGUCUUAGGUUCAUCCCAGGGGCCCUGCUCCCUGCCUCGCUGAGCAUCCACUUGGUACCAAGCCCUGGGUGCCCAGGCUAGGAGGAGGGCCUUCUCUCAGUAACUCCGCAGGUGGGGAUCUUGGUGCCCUUUCUCCAGGUGCAGCCUCGGAGCCCAGAGAGGGAUGGUGCCCUGCUCAUAGCCAUUUGGAUGGUUCCUUAGUCACAUCCAGGACUCCAGGCCCUUCCCUGUAGAGGCCCUUUUGUCCUCCUGCCGUCCUGGCCUCAGUCCCUAUGGCCAGGUCAGAUGGCCCACAGGGGAUGCAGCAGUUGGAGCCUAUUCCUGGGGGGCAGGUGUCAGCCACACAGGUGGUGCCCAAGAGUGAGGCCCGUGAGGCCCAGUUUGGUGCCAGGUGACACAGAUCCCUGCCACACAGCAGGUUUGAGGCCGCCCAGCUGAGCCACACAGCAGGCACUUGGGCCUCAGGGCUCCGGGACGACCAACAGCCCCACUGUGCACAGGAGGCCAGGGAAGGGCCAUGGCUAUGGUCUCUCUUUUUUUGUCUAGCACUUUUUCUCUGAGCCCUCCAGGGAAGGAACAGGGGGGUUAGGACAGGAAGAUGUCCCUGUCUGGGGUUUGCCUCAGAGACCCCUGGGGCUGGCUGGGGUUCAGAAUCAAUUCAUCUCAUAUGGGCGAUCUGUGGGUCCUCUGAAGCCCCUGCCCCCUACAUUGCUUCCCUACCCACCCUAGUUUCUUGGGGCGGGUGUCUCCAUUGUGGCCAGUGACCAGUGACUUAUCCCGGGAACUCAGCCAGGCUUCUGUGGAGGCCUGUCUAUCCACCUGACAGCCCUCCAGGGCAGGACCCCAGACAACCCCAGGAUGAUUCUCAAACGUGUAUCCAAAGUUGUCCCAGAACACCACAGACCCUAACAACUCAGAGACAGACAGCCACCAGUGUGGCCCCUCGUCCUUCAGAUACCGCAGGCAGGUAUCAGACCUCAGGGCACUUCAUCCCCCACGCUGCAGGGCUCAUAUGAGGUUCCCAAGGAAGGGGCACCCCACCCACAGCACGCCUAAGCAGUGCCCUCCACAGUCUCUAACUCUUGACCACCCCAUCCAUGAGUCAAGGGAGCAGGAAGCCAGAUAACUCAGUCAAGAGCCACAGUCAGGGUGUGCCUCAGCUGGAAGCUCCAUUUCACCCCAAAACUGAAAUGCUUCCAUCAUGGGUGCUAAGCCUCAGAUCUGGCACUUCGUAUACAGCCUGACACAUCCCACGAGAUAGGUGCUAUCACCAUCCCCCUUGCCAAGUGACAAAACGGAGGCUCAGAAAGGCAAAGCCAUUGCCCAAGGACACCCAGCUUGCAGGGACAGAGCCUGGGCCUACCAGGGCCCAUUGUCCAGCAAGGCUCUGCUGCUCAGGGUGCUGAGGAGCCAAGGGGGGCUCCAAAUGGCCUCUGGGUCUUCCUGCCAGCACAGACACAAUGACACACAUCUUUCCUCCACUCUUGCCCCUUCCUCUUUGGAGGGUUGCUGAGCCCCCUCGUGCCCCCUGGUGCAUGUACUGUCUCAUUUAUGCUCAAGACAACCUCCCCGCUCCCCUAUUGCACACACACCUCUGUGGGCUCUGCUGGGCACAGCUGUGCCUCUUCCCCAGCAGCAGAAGACAGCAGGCCUCACCCCACGCUCCCCAUCAUGCUACCCUUUGCCACCGGCAUCCAUGCUGUAAGGUUCACAUCCCAGUACACAGCGUCUUCAGUGAAAAUGGCUCCAUUUUUCACUCUCAGGACUCAGAUGGGAGCCCUAGAUCCCUGGGCCAGGGAACAGAUCCAGAGAGAUCUUAAAAUACACACACAAGAUGCUUCUCAGCACAACCAGGCCCUUGCCCUCAGGCUGAGCAGAGAGCCUGACACUGCCUUAGAUAUCCAAUGCUGGGCCUCCAGGCAAGACCAGAAGAGUAGGAAAAUUAACUGGGAAUGAACAGACCUGAGGCAUAAGCUAGAACCCCCACCAAUAGACCUCCAUGAAGUGGGCAAGCUGGGGAAAAGAUCAGCAGAGAGACGGCGGAGACAGGAAUCCAGUGUGUCGGGGGCAGAGAGCAAUGGCAGGAAAGACUUGCAGAGGCCAUAUGGUGAAAUACAACCCCCUCACCUGGGGAAGACCAAGGAGCCUGGAGUUUACCCUGGAACUCUGGGUUGGGGCAGGAGGGACACUAAAGUGUU